CUGGAUAUGUACAAGAAACAUCGUAUUCCUUUAAAGUCUUAUAAAGAGCAAUUUACCAACAUUAUACAAUGACUGCAAAUCAUGUACGAAAGCGUCGAAAAGGAGGCUCAGCAAAAAGAUAACGACGCAUUAAUACAAAACAAUCGUUUGCAUAACGUGGAAGAUGCAACUCCAAACUGGAGCUGUUAUAAACUGAUUAUUGACCCAGCUUUGACCAAUGAAACUCAAAAACUCUACCGCUUUGAUGGGCAACACUUUAGCGAACCUCAUCCUGGAUGUUUCCCUGUGGAUGUUGUACGAGAUCCCAGAGUAAUUCGCUUUUGGACUAAAUUCAAAGAAGUAGAUUUUCCUGUUCCCAAACUAAAGGUUGAUGAGUAUUAUGUUGGCCCACCAAAAGAGUUGACAUUUGCAAGGCUCAAUGACAACAUUAGAGAUGGUUUCCUGUCAGACAUGUGUAAACAAUUUGGAGAAGUUCAGGAUUUGAAAGUUUUGUACAAUCCAAGGAAUAAGAAGCAUCUGGGAAUAGCAAAAGUUAUUUUUGAAUCUGUAAAAGCAGCAAAUAACGCAAUAAAAAAACUCCAUAACACUACAGUGAUGGGAAAUAACAUUCACGUGGAGCUGGACCCCAAAGGCAUAAAGAGAAAGCGAUACUUCCAAAUGCUUGCUAGUGGUUUAUAUACUCCCUUUACUCUCCCUGUUGGAGAUGAGUCCUGGGGUCCCCAGUCACCAUCUUCCAUCACAGACACCUUUACUGAGUGUGAACCACUGAAGAAGCUGUCCUAUGCAUUCUCAUCUUCAUCAUCAUCCUCAAUAUUCAAUGGUUCCCCCUCGCUGGAUUGUUCUACUCCUUUAUCCAUGGACACAGCCUAUUCCAGUAUGCAUCAGGACACACCCAGUAGCUUCUGGCAGACCCCUCUAUACCAAGAUACUCCUUGCACCCCUUCUCUAACCAAUAGUAGACCAGGCACUCCAUCUCAGUGUGAAAGAACCCCAAAUGAGGUUUUACAGAUAACCUCCAAUGCCCCUGUUGGUCAACAGUCCAUUUCAAACUUUUUACAGCUACAUCCUGGCCUACUUCAGGCAGUCGCAGAUAAGCCUAGCAUUAUACAAGGUGCUGUGCAAAACUUUUGGAUGCAAACUCUCUCUCAAAAUGGCUGUUUGCCAAAUAAACAAAGAACUCCAGGAAACAAUUCCUACCUUCUCAGCACCCACAUUCAUAGAGGACACCGGGGGAGACCUCUUGGGAGUAAAUACCAAAACGCAUACAAUCGUAGACCAGAGCACCACUAUAUACAUAGACCUGCAUAUAGAGGAUCUCAGAAUCGAUCUGGACCUUCAGCCAAGCAAAUGUAUUUCAGAAAAUUUCAAGAAUAUCCAACCACGCAAUCACAUUCAGAUAAGCUCCAAUCCGUCACUCACUAUACACGUGACAAGAACAAACCUGAUGUCUGUUUAGGGCAAAACUUUGCCGUGUCAGUUAAGGGCCACAGUGUUUCUGGAGAUCCACCAUCAAAAUCACUGCCUUUAAAUUCCAUUGGAGUAGAUGUUCAUCAUGUUUAUCCAGAUAUGCAAAGUCAGACUCCUUUCCAAGUGUCCUGUAAGACACCCCAAGAGGUGGACCAAAAUCAUUGUGAAAAUAGUUUACCACAAGACCAAAACACCCCCAAAAAGUGUCUCUCCCUUGAAAGUAUACAGGGCCAGUCAGACCCUAAAGUGCUGUGUCUUCCUAAGUCUCCCACUCCAGAUGCAAAGCCUGACAGCCUGGACUCUCGCAUCCAGAUGCUUCUUAGUGCUGGAAGUCCACUUUUGCCCAUCCUGAAUCAAGAUUGUUCAGACUCAGAAACUACGACUGAAGACCAAGAUACAGACUCUGUCUCUCACCCCCAACCCUCCCCAAAAGCUCCCAUCUCCUCCUAUGCUCCACCUGCUGAUGUUGUCCCGAACCGUGACCAAACCUCUUCAACUGCUCUUAUUAAUGGUUCACAUUUACAAGACAGAUUUUGUGAAUCUGGCAUUGAGGACGUGAGUCCUACUCCUCUUCCCAGCAUAACAGAGGAGAAGCAUGAACAUCAGUCAGCUAAGAGGUCCAUGUCCUCCAGAAUGAAUGUUAAACAAACCCCAAGUGAAGAAGACAUUACUUCCGAUAAACCGUCUAGUAUACCAGUGAUCUGCAGCAACAGAGACUCUGUACCUCCAUCUGUUCCUCAAAUCCUCCCACCUCCAAUGCUUAUACCACCACCUCCACACUUCCCCUCGUUUCCUACUUCUAAUAUACAUUCAAAUCUGGGGCCGCCUCCUCCAAGACCUCUUUUGUUACCUAGGUACCCUUCAUCCAAAAACCAGCAAGCUUGUAGGCCCCCAAACUGGAAGAGUCCGAUACCUCUUCCCAUACCUACUAGAAUAACACAAGGGCAAGUAUCAUUUUCACCUUCUUUCCCCCCUCCACCGGGAUGCCCUCCAAAUUUUAAUUACAUAAACCAUGGCCCGCCUUACUCUGGGUGUUCAUCUACCAUAUUGAGGUAUAGACCUCCUUGGCCCCCUCUCCCUAUGCCCAUAUUCAACCCAUCGGUACCCCCACCAGGUUAUGUCCCUUUAAAAGAAUUUCUCCAUAAGGCUACAGUGGAUGGAGUUCUGGCUGUUGUAGCUUCAGAGCUGCGGGCUAUUGUAAAGAAAGACAUACAUCGCCGGAUGAUCGAGAUUGUGGCCUUCAAAGCAUUUGAUCAGUGGUGGGAUGAUAAGGAACAGGAAGCUAAGGUAUCUGCCCCACCUGUUAAAUCCGGUGGAAAUAAAGAUAUAGCGCCUAAAGGGACAGUGCAAUGCCUGAAAAUGGGGUCUGCAGGGUGUGAAGGCACCAUACUGAGCACAGGAAAAAUACUAAGCCUCCCCGGUGCCAUUAAACUCCCUUCUUUUAAGUUAAAGAGAAAGAAUCAGCCGGGUCAGAGCUCCACUGAGGUCAAAAGGAUCUGUCCUUCACCAACUCCUGAGCAGUCUGAUAAUGAAGAGCCAAAGGAGAAAACAGCCCAGGAGAAUAAUGAAGAGAUGACUGAAAAGGCCAAUGACUCAUUGGUAAAACGCAGACAUUCCAGACCUCUGCAGUUAGAAAGUGAUGAGGAGGAGGAAGAGGAGGCAAAUUCUGAGAAUGUGGAGGACCAGAAUUCUGAGGAAGAUCAGAUGCUUGGUCAGGAGCGUGCUAUGAAGAAAGUUGAUGAAUUAAGUAAAGAUAAAGAGGACGAUCUCAUAAGAGAAGAUGAAGAUUACUCAGAUACAGAUGUUAUCAGCAACACAAGUUUAGGUUCUUCUGCAUCUAAAAGCCAAGGAUACGACUCCUUUGUCUCUCCCAGGACUGUCUUAGACUCUCCAUCCGUUAAUGGCUCCUCAGAUUCUGACUCAUCAGAUGACAGAAGUGAGGACUUCUCAGACUCGCUGUCUUCUGAGGAGGAAGAUCAGCUGGACGGUGAAAAUCAAGUUAACAACAACAACAACAACAGUAUGGUAGAAGUGAUAUGGAUUUCAUCAGAUGAGGAUGAUAAUCACAACAGGGAGAUGGUGGACACUCCUGUUCACUCGCCCUGGGAAGAAGAUCUAGAACCCCCUGUGACUCCAUCUGCUCCGUUUUCUGUUGAAAGUGAUGUAGACCACACAUGGCUGGAUUUGGGUUCAAGAACAGCAGAAGAUCCAGAGGAGGAACUGAGUGUAAGGGUGUACAUGCAAGGUCUAAAGUUACCUGACCCUCUCAAAUACACCAUGCAGGACCCAGUAAAACACUGUUUGACAGAUAGACUUAAGCUGCCAGAUCCGGUGAUAUUUUUCUCAGACCAUGAGCCCGAGAUGCCACAUCCACCAUCGCCUUCAUUUACAGGAUUGUUAGAUGAUUUGGAGACACAUUAUACUACAGAUUCUGAGGACCAGGCGGUUAUUACAGAAACAAUGGAAGAUUCCGAGAAUCUCCGACCCAUCACGCCCACUGGCUCUUUGCCCGAAAGUGACCCUGAUAUGGAGCUUGGACGUAGACUUUCACCUCCUGCUGUAGAGGUGGUUGAGCUCCCACACACACCUGGUGGAUGUCUGGAGAUGGAGGAGGGCGAGGAUGAUCUGGUUUUACCUCCAGGUCCACCUACACCUUUACCUCCUCCUCCAUCUCCAACAGGUGCACAGGAACUGGCAUGCUCACCUGUUUAUGAGUGUCCUCCUCUCCCUUCAUCAUAUCCGGUGUAUGAAGAAACACCAAAAACCCCUGGCAGGAUGAACAGUCCUGCCCAUAUUUCUGACUCGGAGGGGAUAACAUUCUCUUUCUCAAACACAUCUCCACAUGCUGAGUACGGGAUCCCUAGGACUCCAGGGAGAGAUAUGUCCCCACCUGCUAUAAACUUUGGUGACAUGUGGGCCGAUCAGCACAGAGCCAGCUCGCGACCUGUCCAGACAUGCACAGUUGAACACCAUCCUCGCACCCCUAAUCAUCGAAUUGCUAAUGCUGGUCAUUCUAAUCAUCAUAUAACUUCAUUUCAAACAACACGUUUGGACACAGCACGCUUAAAAAGACGACGAGAGCAGAUAAAAAUGAAAAGACGGAUGAUUGAAUUACAGCGCAAUAGACAGUUUAGAACUACAAAAUCGUCUCUAAAUCAGGUUUUGAGGCCUUCAAAUCAUGUAUCUGACAUCAGGACUGGACAUAUGCUACCAGAAGCUCAGACACUGAAGGACAAUCUUAACCAGAGGCUGUUAGAGAAACAAAGACCGCAGGAGUCAUCGAACCCAUGGAGAACAUGGAGAGAAUCGAGUCAGCAGUCCUCAAUGCAUCACCUGAUGUUUACUCCUCGCUCAAAGAGAAGAGAGAAGUUGCUCCUGCAUGCUGUCUGGACUAAGGGAGUAAAUGAAGAGGAGAUCAAACAUCUGAAGGCCACCUAUGAGAGUCUUCUGCUGAAGGAUAAUGACCGUGAUUGGCUGAGCAGUACACGUUGGAUCCCACAUCCUCCAACCAGCACUCCUAAUGACUGGGCAAGAAGAUGGCAGGAUGGGGUUCGAAUUCACCUGACGGGUUGUGCACGCAGUGAAGGUUAUUACUUCAUUAGCAAGAGGGAUAAGCUGAGAUAUCUCUGCAAUGCACACUCAUCUUCAGAGGACUUUACUGUAGACAAUCAGGGAAAGAGUGUGGCUGUUCAGAUUCCACCUUCUUCCAGACCAGGAUCAGAACUCAGGGCUGAGCAGCGCCGCCUGUUGUCCUCCUUCAGUUGCGACAGUGACCUUCUCAAGUUCAACCAACUUAAGUUCCGUAAGAAGAGGCUGCGUUUUGGCAGAAGUCGUAUACAUGACUGGGGCCUGUUUGCAGAGGAACCAAUAGUUGCAGAUGAAAUGAUAAUUGAAUAUGUAGGCCAGAGCAUUCGACAGGUAAUAGCAGACAUGCGUGAAAGUCGCUAUGAAAAAGAGGGCAUUGGAAGCAGCUAUCUGUUCCGGGUCGACCAGGACACUAUCAUUGAUGCAACCAAGUGUGGCAACCUGGCAAGGUUCAUCAAUCACAGCUGCAAUCCAAACUGCUAUGCAAAGGUGAUCACAGUAGAAGCUCAAAAGAAGAUAGUCAUUUACUCCCGGCAACCUAUUGGUGUAAAUGAAGAGAUCACUUAUGACUACAAAUUUCCUAUCGAGGAUGAGAAGAUCCCCUGCCUCUGUGGUGCAGAAAACUGUAGAGGAACCCUCAACUAGACAUAGACUCAUCUCACAGUCUUAAAGUAUUAAAAAACAAGAUUUGUAAACAGACUCUUAUAUUUUUAACAAAUCCAUUUUGAAUAUGAUAGGAAUUUGGGAUUUAUUAUUACUCAAUGAUAUGACUAUAGGCUCACAUUUUGAAAUCUUAUUGUUUAGUUUUGGCAAUGAUAUGUCUCAAACAGGCUUUUCCAUGCAUAUUAAUGAUGUUCUAGUUAAAUUUUAUCAUCAUGCUUAUUAUUGGAAGGUUUGGGUUAAAUUAUUUCCUUUUUAGGGUUUUUAUUGUGAAUACUAUAUUAAAUACAUAUAUAUUUUUGCAACAAAGUGUUAUUUUCUGUCUACCAGGUAAUGUAUACAGGGUUCCCACACAUUGGUUAACUUCAAAUUCAAAUUCAAUACAUUUCAAAGACUUUUAGGGCUCUAUCUUACACCCAGCGCAAUGCAGCGCAAUGCGCGACGCAAGUGUCUUUCGCUAGUUUCCACCCUAAUUUUCACGUUUAGCGCCGCGUUGUUUAAAUAGCAAAUGCAUUUGCGCCCCCUUUUGCGCCCAUGGGCGUUCUGGUCUGAAAACGAGGUGUG